GCGCGAACUAUCCCCACCAAUUUUAUUUUACUCUCUCGCGCGCGCGGUAUAAUCCACCUCCACAACUACCACCACCAUCAUCAUCAUCAACUUACUCGACAGUAAUUAUUUCAUCUCUUUCUAUUAAUAUAUUAUUUUCUUUGUCAUACACUCACACACAAAUUCAACUCCUUCAAACAUUCAAGGGACCAGAAAGCAACCGAGCGUCCUACUCAACUUGAACGCCGCGAAAGAGAUCAGUCAGAAGCGCGACAUUGGUAUGAAUAGACGUGUUUUCAUCUCAAGUUCAAUUUUAAAUAUUUUCAAGCACGUCAAUUUUUGUCAUUUUUGAAAAAAAAAAAAAAUCUUCGAUAUACAAUAUAUUAAUUAAUUUAAAAAAUAAAAUUAAGUGUUUUUUUUUUUUUUUUUUUACUAUUAUAAAACAAGGAUAAUAAUAUUAAAUUUGAUUUAAAAAAAAAAAAAUCAAAUUAUCAAAAAGUGAAGUUAUACUACAGAAGUAUAAAAAAAAAAAAAUUUAUUUUUCAAAAUAAAUAAGGAUUUAAUUCAAAGUGCAAGUUUAUCAAGUGAUUUAAUUAUAAAUUUUUACUUUUUGGAGUAUUAUAAUUUACGGGAACAAUAUUACUUUUUUUUGUCAUUUGACAUUUCGAUUGGAUUGUCAAAGUGGAUCUAGACAUUAGCGCGAGUUCGCGCUUUGAGCAAAAUUUUGCUAUUGAUGUUAUAAGAAGAAGAAUAAUGGUGGCAGAAUUUAUAGCCCGUCAAAGUGGUUCGCCAAUAAAUGGUGAGACAGCUUGCUUAAACGGUAACAUGCCAGCAAGUCAUACAAUGUCACAUCAUGGCUCUCACAAUGGACAUGAUGGUCAUGGUCCAUUAUCUCAUUUGUCACAUUCAAGUCAUCAUGCAAAUGAGAUGCAUCAUCAACAUCAUCAACAACAGGGCCAAUCGCAACAACAACAACAACAACAGUCCCAACAUCCCCAGAUGCAACAUCAAGCCCAGCAGCAACAGCAACAGGGUCAAAUACACCAUCAUCAUCAACAACAACAACAACAACAACAGGGUCAAAGCCAGGUCCAGCAGCAACAACAGCAACAACUUCAUGAAUCACAGGUGAUACAUCCCGAAAAUUACCCACCAAACUUUGACAUAAGGAAGGAACUUUUCUCACAGCGCAAGCAGCGCGAAUUCAUUCCUGACAAUAAGAAGGAUGACAGCUAUUGGGACAGACGUAGACGCAACAACGAGGCAGCCAAACGUUCACGUGAAAAAAGACGUUUUAAUGAUAUGGUAUUGGAACAACGUGUUAUGGAAUUAUCAAAAGAAAAUCAUAUAUUAAAAACUCAAUUAGAAGCUAUUAGAGAUAAAUUUGGUAUAUGUGGUGAAAAUGUAAUAAGUGCUGAGCAUGUAUUAUCAACAUUACCAAAUGAAUCAUCAUCAUCAUCAUCAACAACAUCAUCAUCAUUGGGUGUUAAACGAGCCAAGCUGCCAACAUCAACAACAUUAUUAUAUGCCAGAACACCAAGUCCAGUACAUACAUCUGUUAUACAUCAGCCAGUAAGUGGUGGUGGUGGUGCUAGAUCACCAAGAUCACCAGCACAAUUAUAUAUACCUGAAACAAGUGCCUAUCCUGAAGCUGAAAGUUUCCAAUAUCCAUAUACCCAUCCACCAAUACAUUUUGAUACAUCAAGUGCACUUAAUUUAUCACGUGGUAGACGUGCACAAUCACCAUUUGAAUUAUCAUCUGGUAGUGGUGAUGAAAGUACACAAAUUAUCGCUCAACAUCCAGCACCAACCAACAACAGUAGUAGCAACAACAACAACAACAACAGUAGUAGUAAUAUUAACAACAACAACAACAGCAUUAGUAGCAGCAACAACAACAACACCAAUAAUAUUACUAGCAAUAAUAACAACAACAACAACAGCAAUGCCACUAAUAACAACAACAACAACAAUAGUUUACCUCACAAAUUAAGGCAUAAAACAAGAAUUGGUGACAAGGAUGCAGCAAGUGCUCUUCUUGCACUUCAAGGUAUUAAACAAGAACCAGGUCCAAGAGCAUCACCACCAUGGGACAAUGAGGGUUCAAGUGAUGAACGUGAUUCUGGUAUUUCACUUGGUGCUGAAUGGACUGGACCAACAACAAAUGUCACUGUUGUACCAGAAUCAGAACGUGAAGUUAAAUCAAGAUUAGAUAGAUUAGCAUCUGAAGUUGCAUCAUUACAAUCAAUAUUACGUCUUAGUAAAACUGGUGAUAAUAAUAUAACACCACAACAAAUAAUAUCAAAUAAUCAAGCAACAAAUUCAACUAGUAAUAUCAAUGGAAUACCCUGAAAUUUUAUAUUAUAUUUAAAAAAUCAUCAUAUUAUCCAUGAUAAUUUGUGAAAUUUUUUAUUUGUGGCCAAUUGUUUUGUACCUUGAGACAAGUACGAGAAAGAUAAUUUUUUGUUUUUCUUUUUUAUUAUUAAAAUGGCUGUUUAGUCGUGAUGAGUCAAAUCAUCAUACAUACACACUUGUCUUUGUGAGAGUAAUUUAAUUUAAUUUCAUAUAUAUAUAUAUUUCAAUGAGUUUUUUUUAUUUUAAUUAUUAUUAUUAAUAUUGUUAGUAAAUUAUAUGUCUAUAAUGACUUGAAUUUAUAUUUAAUAAUUAUUUCUUUAUCUUGUAAACUAUUUUAUAAUAUUGUAAUUUUAAAUAGCGAAAUGAUGUGAUUAAACUGAUCGCAACUACCGGCUUCUCAUCACCGCCACAAAAACAUUUAUUCAUUAAUCAACCGUAUUUAAUUAGUCUAUAAAUAUACGCAUAUUAUUAUUAAUAUUAUUAUUACUAUUAUUAUUAUUAUUAUAUUAAUUCGCACAAGUACCAAAUAAAAAUGAAAAAAAAAAAAGAAUAAUAAUAUUUUUCUUUUUCUUUUUUUCUUGAUAUAAUUUUUUUGGUACUUGUGUGAUAUUAUUAUAAAUAUUUUUUUGUAAAUAGUCAAUGCCCACGGUGCUUCGAAUUACAUGAAAAAAAAAAAAAAAAAAAUGUUGAGUUAUUAUUAUUAUUAUUUUUAUUAUUUUUUACUAUUCUGGUUUAUUGAUUUGAAGAAUAACUUGAUGUGUCCCUGUCGAAUAUUUAUAAAUUUGUGUCAAGGUACUACUACUAUAUAUAAAUAAUAAUAAUAAUAUUUUUAUUUGUUUAUUGAAAUAAUGAUAAGAAAAGAUCAACGCAUCUCUAUGGAUAUUACAAAUUAAUUACGACA